UAAAGCCAUUUACUCUUUCUUUUUAUAUUUUCGUCACUAUCAUCCAUCUCAAAAAGACCAUAAGAGAAACCAACUUCGUCUUUUUUUUUCUCUCUUUCUGCGCUUUUGCGAAAGAAUAAAAAUGGUUUCUGGAUUCCCCAGCGGCGGUGGUGAUGGUAGAUCUACCCCUGGAGGCUUCGGAACCGUCGUGAACAAUAAUCCUCAGCCGACGUAUAGGAGUCAGAGUCCCGGAAUAUUCCUUGAUCAGACCGGAAACAGAUUCUCCGGUGGGAAACGCACUCUAGCUGAUUUUCAAGCGGCUCAGCAGCAACAAGCAGCUGUCAACGCGUUUCUUCUGAGGUCAGUGAAGCCUAGAACUUUCCAGAACCUCCAAUCCCCGACGAUCGGUCUCACGUCCGUUAACGAUAUGGGUUUGUUCGGUGGUUCGUCUCAGACGCAGCAUCAAACGGAUUUGGUUGGGAUCCGAAUGGGAUACGGUUCGAGUAUUGAACCGGUUCAGAACCUAAACCGGGUUGAGGAUUCAAAGAACAUGUUGAGUAGCAGUUUAAGAGAGCUCGAGAAACAGCUUUUAGAGGAUGACGACGAGAGUGACGCACAAGGCGGUGGUGAUGACGUGUCCACCAUCACACAUUCGAACAGCGACUGGCUUCACAGGGUCUUGACUCCGGUUUUGUCCUCUUCGCCGAGCUCUGCUUCCUCGCCUUCCACGACGUGUUCGAGGCAAACAGUGAUGGAAAUCGCGGCUGCGGUCGCGGAGGGGAAGACGGAGAUCGCGGCGGAGCUUCUGGCGUGUGUUUCUCCGACGCCGAAUCAGAAGACGAACUCCGAGGAGAGGCUGGUGAAUUUCAUGGUGACGGCGCUUCGGCUGCGGAUUAAUCCGGCGGAGAAGGAGAGUCGUGCUCCUCCUUCUCCGGCGACGGCGACGGAGCUGUAUGGGAAGGAGCAUCUGAUCUCCACUCAACUGCUUUACGAGCUGUCUCCUUGUUUCAAACUAGGUUUCAUGGCGGCUAAUCUCGCUAUUCUCGACGCCGCCGGUGACAACCACGACGGAGGAGGGGUGCUGAUGCACGUCGUCGAUUUCGAAAUCGGUGAUGGGGGACAGUACGUUAACCUCCUACACGCGCUCUCCACGCGCCGGAGCGGUGAUGAUAAACCUCUGGUGGUUAAGAUCACCGCCGUGACGAACCACGGUGGAGAGAGGAGGCUGAAAGCCGUGGGGGAUCGUUUGAGCCAACUCGGUGAUCGACUCGGUGUCUCCUUAAGGUUUAAAGUAGUGGCGAGUUUAAGACUCGGCGACAUAAGCCGCGAGUCGCUUGGAUGCGGUCCCGACGAGCCUUUAGCGGUGAACUUGGCUUUCAAGCUCUACCGUGUCCCUGACGAAAGCGUGUGCAUGGAGAAUCCGAGAGACGCGCUUCUCCGGCGCGUGAAAGGACUCGAGCCGCGCGUUGUGACUUUGGUGGAGCAAGAGAUGAAUUCGAACACCGCGCCGUUUUUGGGGCGGGUUAGCGAGGCGUGUGCGUGUUACGGUGCAUUGCUCGACUCGGUGGAGUCGUCCGUGGCGAGUUCGAACUUGGACCGUGCCAAAGUGGAGGAAGGGAUUGGCAGGAAGCUGAUAAACGCUGUGGCGUGCGAAGGGAUUGAUAGGAUCGAGCGGUGCGAGGUGUUUGGGAAGUGGAGGAUGAGGAUGAGCAUGGCAGGGUUCGAGUUGAUGCCAGUGAGUGAGAAGAUAGCUGAGUCGAUGAAGAGUCGACUCGGUAACGGAAACAUAGUGCACUCUGGUUUUACCGUUAAGGAGGAUGACGGAGGUGUGUGCUUUGGUUGGAUGGGACGGACACUCGCUGUCGCAUCCGCUUGGCGUUAGCUUCACAAUCUUUUUCUAUUUUGAUUUUUUUUUUUUUUGCUUCUUAUGACUACCAUAUUAUUACUGUUGUUAUUAAUUUUGGGGAUAUACUAAUAUUACUAUCGUUGUGAUUUUCCAUUUUAAAGUGUAUCAAAUAUAUAAAAAUGGAGGAUUGGAUGAAUAAAGGGAAAGGUAGGAAAGCUUAUGUAACAAAGAAAGGGGAUUUUUCAGAUUUUAUCCUACUAUAUAAAAGGGAUUAUUUUUAAAGCUUUUUAGGCAUGCCACAUAGUACAAAAUAUUUAGAACCAAUAAUUUAGACACGUCAUCAAGAGUUUUUGUUUUAUGGGCCUCGAACCAUCCAACUUUAUAGAAAUACCGAACCCAUUUAUAGUUCCCCACAUAAAGACCUAAAUAAGCCUGUUUUAAGCUACGUCUAUUAUUGAAACCCAAAUUCUCUCCACUUUGUCGUAUCACCUUCACCAGUCAAUGCUAUUUUUGGCUUUGAUUAGGUUCACCUCCUUAUUCCUUCCCUCUCCAAUAAAAAUCCAUGGAACUCUUCAGCUCCCCCUCUCUUCUCAUUCUAUCGAUAUCUCUGUAAAUAAUUGAUGCCAUGAUCGGGAAUCAAACAUCGCUUACUCGCUUAUUGUGUCUCUCAACCGGCUAAUCUUUCAUUCAACUGUUGAAAAUGUCUGCUUCCGAUGCUAUUUCUGUCCAGACAGAUGUUACCAAGGCCAACAUUGACGAUCUCCACGCUCUUGCAAAUACAAACUUAUAACUCCCAGAUGUUGAACAAAUAUGUUUCAUGUAAGGCUAUGACCUCAACUAGGCGGCAGCAACGAAUCGUUUGUCGUCCGUUUUUCCAUUGAGCUUUUGGUCAUGCUGUAUUUGUCUUUGUAGGAUGGCGCAGCCACAAGUUUUUCGGGGAAUUUGUGCUCAGGCUAUACUAUCCACUCUGUCAUGGUGGUCAUCACGGUGAAUCCUAAAAUUUUUGGAGGUAUUGGUGGGACAGAAGAGGUCCUCCCACAUGUUGAGAUCUUCACAGUGCCUCUCCAAAGUCCAACGACUAGGCUAGGAUCGUCGGUGUCCUCCAGCAAAAUGGUUGGUCGGCAGAAGAGGUCUUCUGUCGCUUGCACUGGUUGCAGCAGGAGAUUGGAAAAAUCCAAGACUUCACUACAGUGCAAUAGAUGUGUUUCACCAAACGUCACUGGAGUCAUCAGGUUCCAUGUCGAGUAGCCUUUAGAUUAUGGCUACGAAAAUGCUGUAUUUGUGGUGUCUGACACGGAGAUGACCAAACAGACCAAGAAAGAUGCAGCCACAAUGGCUCUUGAGGAGAUGUGGCUCUCAACACACAUUCAGAGGUUGCAAGCAGCAGCAAAGCACCACAGGUGUACGACUAAUCGGAACAACCACCAGCAUCUGGCAACUUCACAUGUGAUGCAUACACGAAAGAAAUGGACGGUGAGGCAGCAAAACCACCAAGCUUUGGAGACGAUGAGAACACCCGCAAGCGCAUGGAACGUUGACGGGAAUUUGCAUAUUGGGAAAAAGGCUUUGUUUCACUUUGUGCAUGAAUACAUAUUCAGAUAGUAAAACAGCCAUCAACCUCAAUAUGAUAAGAAUCUGAUGUCGUCUUAUUUUUAAAAGGACCACCACAAUUUGACUAACAUAUUCUAGAGGUUUGAUGGCGAGGCAUUCGGAGUACAACAACACACAAGCCCACUUCAUCAAAGAGUUGAAUACUUUCAUGCUAAAAAAUAAAAAUCUUGGUUUCCAUCACUUCUCAAGAAAACAACCCAAAAUAUGUGCUCAUCCUCUUAGUGAAAUCUAUUUCUGAAUCUGAAGUUUGGUAAUGUCUUUAAACUAUCUCCUACUCGGUGAAUAGUUACUUUUAUUUUAAAUAAAGAGGAACGUUGACGUGUC